AUGCGGGCGCAAUACACCAUCUCUCCGCAGAACCCUCAGAUGAUGACUCAGGACGGUGGCCAGGCUGGAGGAUGGCCUCAAGACAUGCAAGAUGACCAUAUGAUCGCCGGGGUCGGCGAUGAUGACUUCACCAAAUUUCUCGACCUCGAUGGAAACGAUUUCUCCCCGUUCUCCAACAUGGUUCAGACUUCUUCAGGCCUCGACACUCCGAUGGGCCGCCUGGCUUUCGGCACUGGUGCGGACCUGAAUUUCAAUGGCCAGGAUCAGAUGGAAAUGUCAAUGCCUCAAACCAACGACAAUAUCGGCUAUCAGCAUCCAAUGCAUCCAAGCCCGGCAUAUACACAAUUUCAACAAUAUCCACAGAUGCAAAUGCAGCCUCAUUAUCAUGUUCCACCUACCCCUGUGAGCGCCGAGAUGCAGGCUGCAAAAUACGUUCAGCACGUCGGGAGCAAUGGUCAAAUCCUUUUUGAUCAACAACAGGUUUCUUUUACUCCAUUAGUUUCUCCCGCUCAGACUCCCAUGGAUGGUACAUUUGUCAUGUCCGAUUAUGGCUUGGCAGAUGAUUUCUUCAGUCCGUUGACAUCGCCUGCCAUAGAAGCGCAAACAGUCUACACCGGAGCCACCGCUUCUCCCAUAGACCUCAAUCUUGACCCGGCUAAUACACAGCCUGCAUCUGCAGGCCAGAAAAGACCUCGUCGAAAAGCGAGCAACAUAGCCCGUACGCCUGUACGCAGUGUAAAACCGUCUCCAGUUACCAAACCUCAGCUUAGACGCCGUAAUCCAUCGUUGAGUUCGAUAUCGAUUGACAGGUUAGGUCCCGCACUUGGGCAAGUACCUUAUGGCUCGAAUCUACUGCCGUUGGCUCCCGGCAGCACCACUUUCGCUGUAAGUGACGAUUCGGUAUCACCAGAACCAUUAUCAGAAGCGGUAAUGCGGCCUCCACCGGUUCCUCAACCUGCCAAAUCACCCCACCCACCAGUACUGAACAAGAAAAGUUCUGGCGGGAAUGCGGUUACGCCGGCGACUUUGAUGAGGAUGCCCAGCGACCAAGCGCUAGGCUCAAAAGCACUCGCGCAGCAAGAAGAUCCCAAGGAAGCAGAGGAGCCCAUGGAUGAUAUGAUGCUACCUGCCGCAGUCUCUGUUGCGCCCCCAGUGCUGGCAACCAUCGAUACCAGUAAGGCUGGAGAUGACAGCGAGACAACACCAACCAUGUCCGCCAAGUCUGCGAAACUUAAUGCCCUAAGUACACCGCGAAGCGCGUUGAUUCGGUCGGAGUCGAUGGAGAAAUUUGCGAAACCAGGAAAGGUCGAGGGUCGAGGUGGACGAGCAAGUAAGAAGAGGCAAAGCACUUCGAAUGCUACGAUUUCGCCAGCAUUGAGGCCGAAGAUAUCUCCAAGCAUCAGUCCUCUGGUGCCCGCAUCAGGUCCUGGCAUGCAACACAUUUCGCCCGACGCUAGUGCUUUAUAUCUUGCGUCCAAGUCAAACUACCAAAACAUUUUGGAAGGCACACAUCUCCCAGGAGUGUCGUAUCCGGAGACCUUGGCCGAGAACUUAACAUCAAAACGAACUUCUCACAAGAUCGCAGAGCAAGGCAGACGCAAUCGCAUCAAUCUCGCACUCAAAGAGAUCGAGGCGCUUUUACCAGCAUCAAUAUUAGGUCUUAAUGGCAAGAAGGAUCGAGCGAGCUCGCAUGAGAACGAAGAAAUGGAGGCCAAAGCGUCGGCAUCGGCGUCGGCAUCUGCUCAGGGAGCCAGCAAGGCAAGUACAGUGGAAAUGGCGAUUAUUUAUAUCAGGAAUUUGCAGAGCGAAUUGGCCGAGACUAAAGACAAAUUAGAGGCAGCAGAAAAACGGCUGGCCGAGGGGACGAGCAGUGCAGAAAGUCAGGCUUCCGAAUGA